AUGGAUGCAGACAGUAGAGUCACAGGCUUGGGUAUGGAGGCAGACAGUGGGGUCACAGGCUUGGGUAUGGAGGCACACAGUGGAGUCACAGGCUUGGGUAUGGAGGCAGACAGUGGGAUCACAGGUUUGGGUAUGGAGGCAGACAGUGGGGUCACAGGCUUGGGUAUGGAGGCAGACAGUGGGGUCACAGGCUUGGGUAUGGAGGCAAACAGUGGGGUCACAGGCUUGGGUAUGGAGGCACACAGUGGGGUCACAGGCUUGGGUAUGGAGGCAGACAGUGGAGUCACAGGCUUGGGUAUGGAGGCAAACAGUGGGGUCACGGGCUUGGGUAUGGAGGCAGACAGUGGGGUCACAGGCUUGGGUAUGGAGGCAGACAGUGGGGUCACAGGCUUGGGUAUGGAGGCAAACAGUGGGGUCACAGGCUUGGGUAUGGAGGCACACAGUGGGGUCACAGGCUUGGGUAUGGAGGCAGACAGUGGAGUCACAGGCUUGGGUAUGGAGGCAAACAGUGGGGUCACGGGCUUGGGUAUGGAGGCAGACAGUGGGGUCACAGGCUUGGGUAUGGAGGCAGACAGUGGGGUCACAGGCUUGGGUAUGGAUGCAGACAGUGGGGUCACAGGCUUGGGUAUGGAGGCAGACAGUGGGGUCACAGGCUUGGGUAUGGAGGUAGACAGUGGGGUCACGGGCUUGGGUAUGGAGGCAGACAGUGGGGUCACGGGCUUGGGUAUGGAGGCAGACAGUGGGGUCACGGGCUUGGGUAUGGAGGUAGACAGUGGGGUCACGGGCUUGGGUAUGGAGGUAGACAGUGGAGUCACGGGCUUGGGUAUGGAGGCAGACAGUGGGGUCAUGGGCUUGAGUAUGGAUGCAGACAGUGGGGUCACAGGCUUGGGUAUGGAGGCAGACAGUGGGGUCACAGGCUUGGGUAUGGAGGUAGACAGUGGGUUCACGGGCUUGGGUAUGGAGGUAGACAGUGGGGUCACGGGCUUGGGUAUGGAGGUAGACAGUGGGGUCACGGGCUUGGGUAUGGAGGCAGACAGUGGGGUCACGGGCUUGGGUAUGGAGGCAGACAGUGGGGUCACGGGCUUGGGUAUGGAGGUAGACAGUGGGGUCACGGGCUUGGGUAUGGAGGUAGACAGUGGGGUCACGGGCUUGGGUAUGGAGGUAGACAGUGGGGUCACGGGCUUGGGUAUGGAGGUAGACAGUGGGGUCACGGGCUUGGGUAUGGAGGUAGACAGUGGGGUCACGGGCUUGGGUAUAGAGGCAGACAGUGGGGUCACGGGCUUGGGUAUGGAGGUAGACAGUGGGGUCACGGGCUUGGGUAUGGAGGUAGACAGUGGGGUCACGGGCUUGGGUAUGGAGGCAGACAGUGGGGUCACGGGCUUGGGUAUGGAGGCAGACAGUGGGGUCACGGGCUUGGGUAUGGAGGUAGACAGUGGGGUCACGGGCUUGGGUAUGGAGGUAGACAGUGGGGUCACGGGCUUGGGUAUGGAGGUAGACAGUGGGGUCACGGGCUUGGGUAUGGAGGUAGACAGUGGGGUCACGGGCUUGGGUAUGGAGGUAGACAGUGGGGUCACGGGCUUGGGUAUGGAGGCAGACAGUGGGGUCACGGGCUUGGGUAUGGAGGCAGACAGUGGGUUCACAGGCUUGGGUAUGGAAGCAAACAGUGGAGUCACGGCUCCAGAGCAUCAACAAAUCAUCACAGUGUAA